CUGUCGGCGUCUGGGCCUCGUCCCCUUCUGUCUCCCUCUCCUCCCCCAUCAGUUCCCCCGACACUGACACCCCAUUACUCCAGUCUCCCCAGUCUCAGCUUUGGUCUCCAGCCCCAUUCGUCAGAGGAUUGGCCUGAAAGCCGCCCCCAACUCUGCACCUGCCCCCCGGAGGGCCACUGAAGACCAUGACUAAGACAGAUCCCGCUCCGAUGGCCCCACCACUACGGGGGGAGGAAGAAGAAGAGGAGGAAGAGGAUGAGUUGGUCCCUGAGGCCCCCAGCCCCACCCAGGAGCGCCGGCAGAAGCCUGUUGUGCACCCCUCGGCACCUGCCCCCCUCCCCAAGGACUACGCCUUCACGUUCUUCGACCCCAAUGACCCGGCGUGCCAGGAGAUUCUUUUUGACCCGCAGACCACCAUCCCUGAGCUGUUCGCCAUCGUGCGCCAGUGGGUGCCCCAAGUCCAGCACAAGAUCGAUGUCAUCGGCAAUGAGAUUCUGCGUCGAGGCUGUCAUGUGAAUGAUCGGGAUGGGCUGACUGACAUGACACUGCUCCACUAUGCGUGCAAGGCUGGAGCCCAUGGAGUUGGGGACCCUGCGGCGGCUGUGCGCCUUUCGCAGCAGCUGCUGGCGCUGGGCGCAGAUGUAACACUGCGCAGCCGCUGGACCAACAUGAAUGCGCUUCACUAUGCUGCCUACUUCGAUGUCCCCGACCUCGUGCGCGUGUUGCUGAAGGGCGCCCGGCCAAGAGUGGUGAACUCCACAUGCAGUGACUUCAACCACGGCUCCGCCCUGCACAUUGCUGCCUCCAACCUGUGCCUGGGCGCAGCCAAGUGUUUGCUGGAGCAUGGUGCCAACCCAGCACUACGGAACCGGAAGGGACAGGUGCCAGCAGAGGUGGUCCCAGACCCCAUGGACAUGUCCCUGGACAAGGCAGAGGCAGCGCUGGUGGCCAAGGAGCUGCGAACACUGCUGGAGGAGGCUGUGCCACUCUCCUGUGCCCUCCCCAAGGUCACACUACCCAACUAUGACAACGUCCCAGGCAAUCUCAUGCUCAGCGCGCUGGGCCUGCGUCUGGGAGACCGCGUGCUGCUGGAUGGCCAGAAGACGGGCACACUUCGCUUCUGCGGGACCACGGAGUUCGCCAGUGGCCAGUGGGUGGGCGUGGAGCUGGAUGAACCUGAGGGCAAGAAUGAUGGCAGUGUUGGGGGCGUCCGGUACUUCAUCUGCCCUCCCAAGCAGGGCCUCUUUGCUUCUGUGUCCAAGAUCUCCAAAGUAGUGGAUGCACCCCCGUCGUCCGUCACCUCCACACCUCGGACUCCUCGGAUGGACUUUUCCCGUGUCACUGGGAAAGGCCGCAGAGAACACAAAGGCAAGAAGAAGCCCCCGUCAUCCCCAUCUCUGGGGAGCCUUCAGCAGCGAGAGGGAGCCAAGGCUGAGGUGGGAGACCAAGUCCUUGUUGCUGGCCAGAAGCAAGGGGUUGUGCGCUUCUACGGGAAGACAGACUUUGCCCCAGGUUACUGGUAUGGCAUUGAGCUAGACCAGCCCACUGGAAAGCAUGAUGGCUCUGUCUUCGGUGUCCGGUACUUCACCUGCCCCCCGCGGCAUGGAGUCUUUGCACCAGCAUCCCGAAUUCAGAGGAUUGGUGGAUCCACUGACCCCCCUGGGGACAAUGUGGGAGCCAAAAAAGUGCAUCAAGUGACAAUGACACAGCCCAAACGCACUUUCACGACAGUCCGGACCCCAAAGGACAUCGCAUCAGAGAACUCCAUCUCCAGGUUGCUCUUCUGCUGCUGGUUUCCUUGGAUGCUGAGGGCGGAGAUGCAGUCUUAGAGGCCUGGAUACCUGACAGAGUCCCCUCUAGCAUCUCCUGACACAAGGAGCCCCCGAGUCACCCUGAGAUAGAGAUUCCCAGUAACACAUCCAGAAUAGAGACCCCAUUAGCCAGCCCUGGAUCACUGAGGCCCCAUUAUUAACAGAUUCCCUCAUGAUAAGCCCCAAAUACAGACCCCAAGGUACCCAGAAAGAGAUUCCCUGAGUGUAGCACCUUCAGGCUAGUCCCUAUCCCCAGCCCCUCAGAGCAGAACCCCCAAUAACAUAUUUCCACAUCACCUCAAAUGAUGGUGACCUCUACAUAAUGCUCCAGAGCAGAACAUUCCUGAAUCAUUCAUUACUGGAUCAGAACCCUCCUCCCCCGUUAACAAAGACUCCUCCUCCAUCAAGUCCCAUUGAAAUAAACACAGGUCAUGCCUCCAGAGCAACAGAGUAACAGACCUACAUUUAAUAUCAGUCCCCUCAAGAUGUUGUGACCCCAGUGGUCACCCCAAAAGCUCACAUUGCAAUCAGAGACUCCCUACAUUAACAAAGACCCUUGUUCUUACCCCUUAAGAAGAGACCCACAUUAACCAGUCCACUGUCACCCCCAAUUUACAGAAACCAAAACAGUCCUGGAAGUGCUAAUUACAGGACCCCUAAGUCUUCCUACCCUCUGCGCCCUCAAGAAACCCCCAGUGCCUUGUCUGAAGCCCACCCCACACGGCCCACAGCCCCUGUGCUGGUCAGGCUCCCAGAAAAUUCUCUAUUUUUUGAGUAAUGACUUCCCCCUUUGGGGGACCCCAAAAUUUAGAGGCCCCAUUCUGGGACUCUCGGGAUCCCAAACCCCAGAGUACAUGUCCCAUACUCACCUGUGUCCCCAAGUCCUACAGCCCCUAGAGGACCCCAAGGCCCUAACUACCGUGAUCCUCAAAUCAUGAAAUCCCCAAAUCCCUAGGGAAUCCCAAAUUUAAAAAUUCAAUCCUAAGCCCCCAGGAAAUCCCAAUCACGGAGGUCCUUGUGCCUGGGAUGGAGGAGACUGCAGUGAGGAUAUGCAUCCCGGGCUCCCAGGGCACCUCAAGCCCUGUUCAUAGGCACCAGGAGACCCCAAACAGGAAUUCUCAUCCCUGGAAACCGGAGCAUUUCAAUGCCCUGAGUUGAUGGAUCUCAAGACACUCAAAUGCAAAGAGCCCCAGCCCCAAGGGAACCCCACAUCCUAAAGCCUCCAUCUCUAAUACAUGUAGGGCCCCAAGGCCUUGAGGGGAUCCCAAAUCCUGGAACCCCUAUUUCAAUCUACGGUCUGGUCACAGGUCCAAAACACCAAAUCUGAAUCACUGGCCCCGAAGGACCUCACAGCACUUGGGCCAGACCAACAGCCUGAGGGAGAACCUGAAGGCCCAGGGGGUCCAGGGUGGACCCGGGGCCCUGACCACCAAGGACAGCUCACGACUGCCCCUUCACUGCAUGUCCCUGAACUCAGCAUGACCCCUGUCCCCUUCAAUAAAGAUGUUUCUAUGGCU